AUGAACCAGAUCACAAUCGACGACUUUGACCCGCUCAUCGCGUACUCGAACUAUGCGGACUGGAGCACACCCGAUCCGAGCCAAAAUCCCACUUGGUACAAUGCCAGUCGGGACGUGACAAACUCGCCAUGGCAUCAGGCGACAUACCACACGACCACCGUCCCCGGCGCCAAAGCCAGCUUCAACUUUACCGGGACCUCCUUCUCCAUCUACGGUGCCGCUGGCCCCACCGCCGGCAAUACCAACUACACCAUCGUCAUUGAUCCCUCUAGCGCCCAGCCAUUCCGGCAGACGUACAAUACGACGAACAGUACGGAUGGCGGUAGGGUACAGCUGUUUGAGACGAGCACGUUGAGGUGGGAUUGGCAUAAUGUCGAGGUGAUCAAUGCGGGGAGUGGAUUGACGUUGGACUUGGUCGUGGUUGGCGCAGCUUUUGGCGCUCAAGGCUCCGCCACCCGCAACACUACCAUCGAAGACGCCGGCGGCGCGAUCCGCUACUCUGGGAGCUGGACGACCCAGCAAGGGCCCAACUUCUCCAACGGGACCUCGACCUACACGUCCGGCGGGUCCGGCAACAACUCGUUCGCCUUCGACUUUGAAGGGUCCGCGGUCUACAUCUAUGGCGACCAGGUGAAUGAUCAUGGGUUCUACGAGGUGUAUGUGGAUCAGGGGGACACGCCAUGGACGAGGGGCGGGAAGGCCAAUGCUACGCUUAAUGACCGGUCGGGAUGCGGAGGAGGCUGGGCAAAAGCCUGCGAGAAGCUCAAAGGGCUCAAGUACGCCACGUCGGGUCUGGGGCAGGGGAAACAUACCGUCGCGGUAAGGAAUCUGGGGUAUGGCUCAUACCCUGGCGAUCCGACAUUCUUUGACUUCGACUACGUCCUCAUAACCGUCCCCCAACAAUACCCAACUCAACAAAUCCAAUCCGGACCUUGCCCCUUCACGACCUGCAACGGCACUUCCUCCAACCCAAGCGCGUCCGGCGGGACAGGCGGGAGCAGCGCGAGCCCCACGUCGAUCGGCGGGGCAGCGGCCGCGAGCUCGAGUAGGGCGGCCGGGGACCGAGCUGUUGGUGCGUUCUCGGGCGCGGCGCUGGGGUGGGGGAUGGUCGGCGCGUGGUUGUUGCGUAAGGUGCUGGCUUGA